GCUCUGGGAGAAGCCCCACCCUCUCCGGCACCAAACAUAAAUCCCGGCCCCGGGAGCUCCGCUGCGCUGUCUCCACCACCCUCUCCAGGCAUUGGAACCCGUGGACGGCUGAGCGUCAGAAUGGUUCGUGCUAAGAGUUGGACCUUGAAGAAGCAUUUUGAAGGCUACCCUACAAAUGGUAACUUUGAGAUGAAGACAGUUGAACUCCCACCCUUAAAAAAUGGAGAGAUCCUGCUGGAAGCUCUGUUCCUCACUGUGGAUCCUUAUAUGAGAGUGGCGGCCAAAAGACUGAAGGAGGGUGAUACAAUGAUGGGGGAGCAAGUGGCCAGAGUUGUGGAAAGUAAAAACUCAGCCUUCCCAACAGGAGCCAUUGUUUCCGCCCCUUCGGGCUGGACAACACACUCCAUUUCUGAUGGAAAACAACUGGAGAUGUUGCCUGCGGAGUGGCCGGACACGUUACCUCUGUCUUUGAGGUUGGGGACAGUUGGCAUGACAGGCCUGACAGCCUACUUUGGCCUGCUCGACAUCUGCGGAGCGAAGGCCGGAGACACGGUUCUGGUGAAUGCCGCCGCAGGGGCCGUGGGCUCGGUUGUGGGGCAGAUAGCUAAGCUCAAGGGCUGCAAAGUUAUCGGAGCAGCAGGAUCUGAUGAUAAGGUUGCCUACCUUAAAAAGCUUGGAUUUGAUGUUGCCUUUAAUUAUAAGACAAUAGAGUCUCUGGAAGAAACUUUGAAAAAAGCUUCUCCUGAUGGUUAUGAUUGUUAUUUUGAUAAUGUAGGUGGAGAAUUUUCAAACGUUGUUAUCCCCCAGAUGAAGAAGUUUGGAAGAAUUGCUGUAUGCGGGGCCAUCUCCACGUAUAACCUCACUCGUCCGCGUCCCCCAGGCCCACCCCCAGAGGUUGUUAUCUAUCAGCAGCUCCGCAUGGAAGGGUUCAUCGUCAGCCGCUGGCAAGGAGAGGUCCGCCAGAAGGCUCUGAAAGACUUGCUGAAGUGGGUCACUGAGGGUAAAGUCCAGUACAAUGAACACGUCACUGAAGGGUUUGAUAACAUGCCAGCUGCAUUUAUGGGAAUGCUGAAAGGAGAUAAUUUGGGGAAAGCGAUAGUGAAAGCAUGAAAAAAAUGACACAUAGAAUUUAGAAAUCACUUUCAUGAUUACUUAAUUUCUUUUGAACCAUUUAGUAAAAAUGUAUACUGCCUUUGUUUGACAAGAAUAGUGGUUGUAAUGAGUUUGAACCAUCUAAUAAAGUACAUUUCAAUAAUAAGUAAUUAGCAAUAGAGAAUGAAUAUCUCUUUGUGAACAGCAGCCAGUCACCUCACUGCCUCCUACAGCUCCUUCUGGGAUAUGGUAGAAAAGAGUGACUUUGGAGUCCAAAAAUCUAGUGCCUCUGUGACCUUGAACUUCUGAUCUUUUUUCAUCUGUAAAGUAAGAAUAGUACCCUGUACUUCACACACGUAUUACACAUUUAUUUAAAACACCAGCAUAAUGCCUGACAUAUGUGUGUAUCAGGUGCCCAUAACUGUUAGCCACAUCCCUGCAGAAAUGAAAAUCCUAGAAUAACCCCCAUGCGGCUUAUAUUACACAAGAAAGACUCACUGCUGAUGUACAGGGCUCUCUGUGUGAGUCUCAUAACAGGACAGACUGAGGAAGGGAAUCUAUCGUUCACAACAGCUACAAAGAAGACAACACGGGAAUAUACAUAAAACCUACAGAAAUGUGUGAGAUUUAUAUGAAGAAAGCUUUUAGACAUCACUGAGGAAUACAAAAGACUUCAACAUGGAAAGGGACCAUGCUCUUGGGCAUAACGAUGGCAAUUCUGUUGAUGACUGCUGGCCCAAGUAGAGAAGGGGGUUAAAUUACAGUGAAAAAGUGGGAGAGGAAAGUGUGUGCGUGUCUGUGCGUAAAACCUCUGCAAAGGUGUAACAAACUACUGCUGAUGUGGUUUGUCUCCACUGUUAUUACAAGUAACAGUUAAAAAGUUAAAGUUCCUGCCCUUUUGUGCCCCCCCCUCCCCAUAGGGGGAAAAUAAAACAUGCAUGAGACACACCUCAGGGAAGGGUGGGGGCGCCCCUGAGGUCGAACACCCCUGGGGUUCUUAGCUCUCCAGCUGGUCCUCCCUGAGCCUCCAGCCACUCACUGCUGCAGUUUCCGCUUCCCUAACCUGGAGCAGGUUCAGAUGGAGGCUUCCGCUCUUGGGCUUCUACCCCUGUAUCCAGUGACUCUGUGUAUCUGACUGUCUGAUGCGCCAACUUUACGGGCAGCCUUUUGCUCUGUGACCUCAGUUCUCGCUCGAUCUAUUGUAAAAAGAGUUGGUGAUAUUUUAGUUAAUUUUUUUUCUUGUUAGGACAGAGUAUUGACUGCCAGUGCCAUGCAUGCCAGACCAGAAGAGCAUGUAUUUUUAAUUUUGAUAAUAUUUACCCUUUUUUUCCCCCUGAUGGUUUGUGCUUUCAAGUUUCCUGCUGAAGAAAUCAUUGCCUAGCUCGAGGUCAUAAAAUUUUUCACCCAUAUUUUAUUCUGUAAAUUUUACAUCUUAAAUUUUGUUAGCUCUGUGAUAAACCAGGGAAUAGGAGAUUGGGAGUGACUGUAAAAGGGUGAGAAUUUUGGGGGUGAUUUCAGUAUUUUGGGGGGUAAGGAUUACAUAUGGUGGGCAAUCGUCAAGACUCAUAAAAUGGUACCUUUAAAUGUGUGCAUCUCAUUGUUUGUAAAUUAUAUCUCAAUAAGUUAAUUUAAAAAUAUGUCCAGGACAGAAUGUUGGCCACAGAUGAGAGCUCGCUGGCUACCAGAUUGCAAGGGACUGGCCAAUUGCUGGCUUACUCGGAAGGAGGAACACAUUCAAGGAAUAGUCGAGGGAGGCCGAAGUGUGUGAGAUCCACAAGCACAAGGUUCGUACUUCGUGGGACAGCCUCCCACGUGGGCAGUAACGUAUUUUUCAAUGUAAGAGGAGCACAGGUCUUCAUGUUUCCUCCCUUCCCACCUACCUCUCUUUCUGGAACUUACUGUGGUCCCAGUAGUAAGAUAGGCAUCCAUCUUUAUUUUUGCCAAGUUAUGAGCAGUUUUUCCCACACCACUUUUGGGAUAAUCCAUUCCCCCCCAC